GUCGGUUCUGAAGUGUGUGUCGAUUCGGUUCGAACCAACAUUUUUCCGUAUGUAUUCGCAAAUGGUGCGCCAAUUUUCAUAAUUCAGAAUAGUUAGCGUGUAAAACAAUCGUCAACGAAACACUCGAAAAUCAAAGAAUACUUGCAAAAGAACGAGAUUAAAACAUCGUUUGCUGCGAUCUUUAGAUCAGAAGCAGCGAAAAAAAACUGCUUUCAUUUCAAUUGGAAUUUAAAUUAAAAUGAGGUCAAAACGCAACAGAAAACAGAUAAUGAACAUUUUAUUUGCUCUCCUGAAUAUUCUCUUGCUAUGUGAUGGAAUCGCGUCCGCACCGAAUGCGAUCGAGGAAGCACAACUAUCAUCAAAUAGAGCACAACAGGGCAACGCAAAAUUGCUUGAACGUGUUCGUCGUGAAUUGGGCCGUUAUUCAGCAACAAAUACAGCGAAUGGUGUAACAUGUACAACGCAAUGUCGUAUAAUGUCUGGAUUCAGUGGUCGAUCACAGGCGGAAAUUGACAGCAUUGCCCGUGAUAUGACAAAUCAAAUUGUUCAUGAUUUGCGUACGGGAAAGAUUCAACGUGGUGAAAUUAAAUCGCAAAAUUGGUUUGAAAAUCGGGUAGCUGAUAAAUUGACCGAAUUAGAGCAACAACAUCGCAUCGAAUUUGAUAGAAAUUUGCAUUCAGUAUCAAAUAAUUUUCAUAGCCAACAACAGCAACAACAACAACAAAGCAACCAAUUUCAACAACAAUCACAAAGUCAACAAAGCUAUGGAUACAUUCAACCGAUCACCACCGGAAAUUCAUAUCAACGCAUUGUCGAAGAGCAUCAUAAAGAGGUGAAUCGAAAUACAGCAUAUCCAACGGUGGUGCCAAUCAAUGUAUACCAUGGCUCAACAAUUGUUCAUCGUAACAAUUGCACCGAUCAAAUUCAUCACGGAACCUAUCCGUAUUUCAAUGCUCAAAAUCAAUUUAAUCAUCGCGUUGAAAGCAAUCGUCAACAAAUUCACACGGCUCCAACAUUUAUUACACCAAUCGGUGGCGAAUCGUCGUAUCACAUAACAAAAACGAUUGAACGAAACGAGCACCAUGUGCCACAAGUGCCGAUUGUGAUUCCAACACAAAAUUCCUACACCCAUGAAUACGAAGAGGAACAACGUCAAAUUCAUCGUCCGCAACCAAGGCCACAGUUUUAUGGAAUCAAUCAACAAAAUCAUACAUCACACAAAGUUGAAACACAACAACGCAUUCAUAAUGUUGAAAUCGUAACACCCGCACCAACCAUCACUCGUCAAGAUGUUUACGAUCAUUUUUAUGAAUCCGAAGUGGUGCCAAAUUAUAAGCCACGCGUUACAAUCGAUCAGAAUACACAAUUUCACGAGCUUGAAGUUCAUAAUCGACAAGAAUAUGAACGACCGAUCGUAAUACCGACGGCCACCACUCGAACACACAUUGAAAAAGAAGAAGAGCAAAUCGAUCGACAAUAUCAACAGCGACCAGUGUAUCGUCCACAAAUUACAACGCACGUUGAAACCAACGAAGAAACUGAAUUUAAUCGUCAAGUUACACAGAAACCGGCUUAUAUUUAUCCAACACAAAGUACAAUCUCACGCACCGAAAACGAAGAAGUACAAACGAUUCAACACCAAACACGGCCACAGUAUCCAAUCUUUUCGCACACAACAAAUGUUAAAACUGUCAAUGAAAACCAAAAUACAAACACAAAAACAAUCUAUCAACAGCCAUACGGUGGUGGUCAAACGGUGACAACGAUCAAAGAAUCACACUAUGUAAACGUUUUGCCACAGCCAGCCAAUCAAUACACCUAUCAAUAUACCGAAGAAGAGUAUAACGAACGUUUGAAUCGUAUACAACAGGAAUUACGUCGUUUGGGCUAUGGAACACUGACCGAAGAUGAGUAUAAUGCAACAAUUGCAUCCGGUGGUUUCAUUCAUAAUGGCUAUAAAUAUUUGUACAACACCGAUCGCGGUCGUUAUGAAAAAACCGAAAAAAUCGAAAUCAACGAAGAAGAAUAUCAUUCGUUGUUGCGCAGUUUACAAUCACAGCUACAACAAUUGGGCCUUCAGAUGACCGAAAAUGAAUACAAUCAAACAAUCGAAGAUGGUUAUUUCACACAAAAUGGUGUACGAUAUGUUUUUGAUUCGGAAACGCGUGCAUAUCAUCGUCAAGAUGUGUCCGAUCAACAGUACAAUGCGUUGAGACAGCAAAUUUUGGAUGUGUCAAGUCGACACGGAUGGACAUUAACAGAACAUGAAAUAAAUCAAACAAUAGCAACGGGUUAUUUGAAUAUCAACGGUCACCGAUAUCAUUUGGACAAACAAACAGGUGUUUUGAUGGAAGGACAAGAGGUGCAAAUCAGCGAACAAGAGUACCGCACGAUUUUAAGAAGACUCCAAGAUCAAUUGGCACGCUUGGGUUUCGAACAAAUGACCGAAAAGGAAUAUAAUCAAACCAUAAACUCUGGCUAUUUUGUGCGUGACGGUCAGAAAUAUCGAUACAAUGCAGACAUUGGGCGUUAUGAACAUGUUGAAAUUUCCGAAGAAGAAUACCAUAAGAUUGUAACCAAAUUGAAGGAGACAUUACAGCGCUUGAAUUAUCGUCAAAUGAGCGAACAGGAAAUGAAUGAAACAAUUGCAAAAGGAACAUUUAUUCGUGGCGGAUAUCAGUGGACAUACAAUACAGAAACUGGUGAAGCAAAUGCCGUACGCGUAGCGUCAGCAUUUGAAGAAUUAUCCGAAACGGAAUAUCAAUCGAUUUACCGUCGACUACAAGCGCUAAUCAAAAAAUUAGGUUUUUCGCGUAUGAGUGAAACGGAAUGUAGUAAUGCAAUAACUCGUGGUUCAUUUUCACGUGGUGGAAAUCAAUGGGUGUAUCAACCGGCAUCGGGUGAAUUUGAACGCAUUGAAUUGACCGAAAGUGAGUAUAAUUUCCGUAUAAAUCGUUUGUUGGACAUUCUAAGGACAUUGGGCAUUGAAAAAACCACCAAUGAACAACGCGAUAUUAUUUAUCGUGGUAAUUUCUAUCAUGAUGGCCAUCGAUAUGAAUAUGACACAACAAGUGGUUCAUUCGUUCAAGUCCAAAUGACCGAAGAUGAAUAUCAGGAACGAAAACGUCAGCUGCUAGAGCAAUUGCAACAAAUUGGCUAUGGCCAUACAAUGACCGAUUCGGAAUGUCGAAAAACAAUAAGCAGUGGUAUUUUCUAUUAUGGUGGUCAUGAAUGGGUUUACAGUUAUCAAAGUGGACGAUAUGAAAUGGGAAAAGUGUCGGACAAAGAAAGUGGCAUUGUCGAUGAUAAUUAUUUCAAUACAAUCGAUUUGGAUAGCACACAUUAUGAAUCGUCGAAAAAAGACGAUAUUACACCGACAGAAGCCUUUGACAUCGAUAAAGUUGAUAAGCAUAAACGACCAAAAGAAAUUAUUAGCAAAAAUCGUGGCGAUCAACCACCACAAACAUUCGAAGAAGACUACGAUGAAUCGAUUGAAGUAACACAGAGACCAAUACAACCAACCACUCAACGCUCAAGACCACCACCACCGCCACCACAACCCUUGCCACAAAUUACAACACCAACACCAUUCGUUGUAUCGACCGUUUCAAGUGACUACAAUCGACGCGUUGAAAAUCAACGCAUUGUUCAAUAUACCGUUCCACCACCAGAAACCGAAUACGAGCAACGAUAUCAUCACAAAAAAACCACAUAUACCCAAAGAUCCGGAUUAAUACCAGUCAAUCAAGAGAUUUUGAGCCGUGCACGAAAAUCCGGUGACACUGGCUUUGAAGCCAAUGAGACAUCGUCUCCAGAAAAUCAAAUCGAAGUGACAAAAACGAACAUUGUUCAACCGAUGGAACAGCAAAAAAUUGGAAAAUUAGAAGAAGCACCGAUAGAACUCAAUACUGAUGAAAAACCAACAAGAACACGGUUCUCUGGUCGAAAAAGUUUAUCUGCGUUUUUCGACUCAACCACACAAAUUAUAAAUACCAAGAAAUCGCCGGAGUUAGCAUCAGAUUUUUUGAUACGUUCGAAGGAAAAAAGCCGAAAUUAAGCCGCAAACUGAUCACUUUCAAAUGAUUCGUAAAUAGUUUAUGUAAAUUGAAAUGUAUUGUUUACUACUUACGUCACCCAGACUCUUGUAAAAUCGAAUGAACUUUUUCUGCUGAUUCGCAUCUGAAAUCACACAAAAUUCACAUAGCCUCAAUAGUAACAUAAACAAAAUGUACAUCAGUAAUAUGGAAAAGAGGGAUAUACCUAAGUUCAGUGCCUGUGAUGGUUUCACAUCGGUUCCUUUAACAUUGGACAUAUUUAGCAACGAUUCAACAAAAUUAAUUAACAAACACAAAAGUUUUAGUCGCGAAAUAAACUGCCGCAAAUUAAUUGCUUAAUAUUUUUUAAUGUUCUAUUUUAUUUGUCAAACUGAAUUAUAUUGAUAUUAUUUUCGCA